AUGUUUGGAAGUUAUGGUACCGGAAAUGGUAAUGGCAAUAAGCUAAAUUUACGAACAGAAAUCCUGGAAGGAUUAUUAGCAUCGAUGGGAAGUGAGGGAAAAAAUGCAAAAGUGAAUUUAUUGAAACAAACGAUCAUGCGAAAUAAGACGGAUAUGGCGGGUGAUGCUUUUCGUUCGCUCGAUUUAAUGCGACAAGUUUUUCAAUCCGAAAUGACUGAUGAAUUUCGGCAAAUUAUUGAGCGACAUUUAAGAACGACUUUUUCUCCAGCAUUGGAAAAUCUUCAGAGAAAUGGAUUGGAAGUCACAGAGGAUGACAUCAAAUGCUUGUGUCGUAGCAUUCUUGAAGCAGCUAAAAAGCCAUUUCUCUGUGAGAAACAAACGGAAGGUUUGUCGGAAAAAGAAUUAGAAUCUCCAAAUUUUCUGACUGGUACUGAAUCAGAUCUAGACAGCGAAACGAGUGUUAUUAAUUUUAUCGUACAUCAACGUUCAACAAACAUUCCUCCACGAGGAAGAAAGCGUGGUCGUCCUCCUAAAACAGAUAAUCUUGGUCGAAGUACUCCAUCGUAUGUCCAUAUCAGUGAGAUGAUGGCUACUGAUUUAGAUUUGGCCAAGUGGAAUCCGGAUCGUGUCUGUUCAUCAUCACAAUUCAUUCUUAUAUCGAAAGUUUCUCGAAUGCUAAUGCUUCAUGAUUAUCGAGAGUUACUCAUAAGAUAUCCAACUAUUUUCCGGUAUAGUAGUGAUGAGAUGGAUCGAAAAUGGCUAAUUAAAAAUCGACUCACAACUCGAUUAAGUGGGAAAAUUUACUUGCUCUUGCUCAAUGAUGCAGCUGAAAUUGCUAAUACAGAAGGGCUUUCAUAUGUGGUUGAUGUUUUGAAAUGCUUCGCAUUUUGCGUACCACCAUCAAUGAUUCUGAAAAUGAAGCAAGAAAUGCGAAAAAAGAAAUCGAUUGAUGAAUUGAUUGAAUGGUAUUUAUCAAGAAAAAUACCUCUAACACAAAGUUGCCAAGUAGUUCUAAAGAAUGGAAUUGAAAGGCCUAAUUGGCUUCUCAGAAAUUCACAAGUAAAAAUGGUCAAAAAACUUGGUGAAGGAGCAUUUGGCGAGGUUUAUUGUGGUGAAUAUACGGAUUCAAAUGAUCAUGUCCAUUUAGCAGCAAUAAAAACAAUGCAUGAUAAGGCUUCACGUGUAGCACGUUUUAAUUUUCUUAAGGAGGCACGUAUUAUGCGUAAAUUUAAUCAUCCAAAUAUUGUUCGCAUUUUUGGUAUUGUUGCUGAUCAGUCACCGUUUUUGAUAUUAAUGGAACUCUGUGAAGGUGGAUCAACAUUAUCAUUUUUGAGAAAGAAUCGUGGAAUGAUUGUACCACAAUUAAAAUUACGAUUUAUAGCAGAAUGUGCUUCAGGCUUAAAAUAUCUUGAGCAAAACAAUUGUAUUCAUAGGGAUAUAGCAGCUCGAAAUUGCUUGCUAACACGAAAUUAUCAUAUCAAAUUAAGUGAUUUUGGUAUGUCUGACGAAAAAACACCCAUCCAGGAUAAAAGUCUCGACAAAGUACCAAUUAAAUGGUUAGCACCAGAAACAAUGCAAAAUCGAAUUUACUCAACCAAAACCGAUGUAUGGUCGUAUGGUAUUAUGGUGUAUUCGGAAGGCUGUGAACCGUAUCCAUCAUUAUCAAAUAUACAAACAAGAGCUAAAAUUAUUGUUCAAAAUUAUCGCAUGGAUAUGCCACAGGGUACACCACCAGAAGUGACAUUACUUGUUAGCAAAUGUUGGGCUAAAAACCCCAUCGAUCGGCCAUCAUUUGCAAAAAUUUGUGAUGAAUUGAAAGGAUUAAUUGAUUUCACUGAAACAACAAUAUCAUGCAGUGAAUGA